AGUCGUUUUUUGUCUAAGCUGGCCCUUUGGCCGAAGACUUUGAAAGAAAUGAAAGAAAGGUCUACGUGAUUAUUACUCCACUACUGCUACCUAUCGUAGGUCGUUUUCAGUCGUCGGGGAAGGAAAUAAUCACUUUUGAGAAGAAGCAUCUGAUUGACUGUUGACCGAGGAGGAGGAGAAUACUGCACUCGUUGAAUGGAGAACCGAGCAAAAUAGAAAAAGCCAGAAUCAUACGGUAUUCGUGGUUGCGUCCGAGACUCUGUAGACGCUUGAGAUGGGCUAAUACGUGGUUCUCACAAGAGGUGGAAACAGCGAGCACAUUGCAGUCGCUGUUUUUGUCGCCUCUACGUAAAGGAGGGUGUGAAAACGCUUCCGGUGGGUACUCGAUAUGCAAGUAACAGUAUAAGUUCAAGUAGGAUAGGGCUAGGCAGUUUUUAGUACUAGGUCUCUUACAUAGAGAGUUCAAGUUUACUUGCUGACAACUUCAGUUUUUCGAAGAUUCACUAUCCUCCAACGGGAGUACCUACGACGUGACAUCACUCGCAAACAGCACCGUGCUGAUGGUAUUUCACGCGAGCAGUAAGCAGGACGACGAGCAGGAACUGGAAUUCAAGUCGUCUGUGAAACGCGAUUCACCAUCGUCCGAGACACGAGUGAGCAGCAACGUGUUGCGAUUUUCACGACUUCAACGAACGUCAACUUCAUCUCGCUGCUCAGCGUAGUUUCUGUGUGAGUUACCAGACUCUCCCUAUCGAUUAUUCCACGGACGGUUGCUUAUCCUGGUGUGGAGACAAUCGUUGCCUGGAGACAAUCGUUGCCUGGAGACAAUCGUUGCCUGGAGACAAUAGUUGCCUGGAGACAAUCGUUGCCUGGAGACAAUCGUUGCCCUGCGUGCUGCGCCGUCAUCUUCUUCGCUGUUCUAGUUAAGGCUUACUCAGAUUCAUCUUAAGAUGCAUCUUUAAAGUGUUUUCAAGGGGAAAAGUAUGCCAAAGAUGCACUUCAAGAUGAAUUUAGGUAAGCUCUAAUCUAGCUCUUUCCCGGUUUGAUGCUGACGCGAUAGUGCUUUCCCGAUAGUGCUUUUCAAUCAGUGCUUCUCCUCUCUGACCUACCGUACGACCGACGACCAACAUGUUGACUCUCUCACUCCUGUGCUGUGGCGGUCUCGUUGUACUUGCCCGAGGAGAAAAUGACGUCGAAAGGGAGCAGGCUUCCCCCGGAGCACGCUUCCGAGGGUACCUAAGAGGCAAGCCCGCGACGGAGCCUAUUAUGGAAGCCACAUAGUACAGCUUGUUCAGCAUUAGUUGGAAGUCAGAUACAGCUUCUUUAUUAGCUUUUUUGGUAGUAAUUUAUUAGAAGAAAUCUUAAGAGACUCUGUCUUAAGAGACUCUGUCUUGGCAGACCAAAACCGAAUCGACUUGCAUCAUCAUCAGAAGCAGAAAGUUGCAUGCUCAUCUACUCAGGCUAAUCAUAUAUGAAUACUUAUAAAUAUUCUUGCUUAUCUUGUUACACUUCCUUGAGGCAUCCUCGAUUACUAAUAUUAUUUCGUGCCUGAUAUAAUUAUAUAUUAUACUUGAGCCAUCAAGGAUCGGUUACUGUCAAUACAAUCACAAACAACUAAAAAGGAUAGCACUAUGGGACAUGAAACAAGGUUCAAAAGAACAUGCAACAGCUAGCAACAGCUCUAAUGAUGUGGAGUCGGAACACUCGACGCGAAAUGCCGCUGGUACAAGCCACAACCUUCGAUUAAGGCUCAACUUUCAAUGGUCAUUGGAGUUGGUCACUGAGAUCGAAAAGGCCACCCUCCCUUGAGAGUAGAACAGGUGAAAGAAACAAAGGGAAAGGGGAGAGCUUUGAAGGGGGUCCCUUCCGUUCAGAGUCAGUGACCAUUGAAGGCUGAGCUUUAAUCCGAGGCUCCAAACGCAUACGCACUGCUAGCUCAUGGAUCCAACCGGACGGGGAAGCAGUAGAAGCACAAGAACAAUUAUGAAAUUGUUAGUCACGAUUGAUCGUGUGUUGUUCUUUAUUAAAAAUGAUAUCGUGGGACAUCGACAUGCUGCUUACAAACCCUACUACUUCUAACCACUGCUGCAGAUCCACCAAAAACGACGCCCACGGGAUCGAAGAGCUCUGCAGCCGCCCCAAAGGCAGGAGAUGGAGGAAAGGCGGAGACAGCUGAGGCGCCUGCUUCCGCGAGUGAUGCAGCCGGAUCGACCGAUCGGAGAGGAGGGUCUUCGAGAAGCAAGGAAACGGGCACGACCUCUCUCACCGCACAGGCCGCAAAGGGUGAAGUACAACCCGAAAGAAGCAGUCUUCUCAGUCAAUGGAACCCGAGAUCCUGGAAGAUCUGGAAGUACUUGUCGCGGCCCUCGUGGAAGUGGUGGAGAUCCGGUAAGCAAACCCAACAAAAGCCGGGUGACGAUGACAAAGACGAUAACGGCAAUGACAAUGGCGAGGAGGAAAAUGACAGUGCAGAAGCCUUGGCCGAAAAGCCUGGAGUACGACGGGAGUUGAAGUGGCUCAACGGAGUAAACGGCGUUGGCGUUGGGGAUGGGAGCGUGAGUAAGGCAGGAGAUGGUAGUAGUGAUGGCAAGGAGAAGGACGUUGGCGCAGGAGCCGCCGCUGCCCCUGAAAAGAAGACGGCCGAAGGAGCCGCCGCUGCCCCUGAAAAGAAGACGGCCGAUGAAGCCGCCGCUGCUGAAGAAGCCGCCGCUGCUGAAGAAGCCGCCGCUGCUGAAGAAGCCGCCGCUGCUGAAGAAGCCGCCGCUGCUGAAGAAGCCGCCGCUGCUGCAGAAAAGAAGACGGUCGGAAAACCCGCUGCCAAAGAAGCCGCCGCUGCC